AUGAUUACGGCUAAGCAGAGAGCCUGUAUCUCAUGGCUGUUGGGUCAGGCCUACAACCAUCAGGUGCCGGAGGACCUUCGUGAUCCAUUUUACAAGGACCAUCAGGCAAUUUUUUGCUUGAUGUCAAAACAGGGAGUGGAGCACCUGAAACCCCAUGUUGUGCAUGGACUAGCCAGUGGGGAAUUCUAUUGCCUUACCCUUGCCAACAUCUAUGCUGAUCCCAACUACAGUCAACUGAACCAUUCCAGUGUGAUUCAGUCCCUGGCCCGUAAGGGUAUUUAUGUCUCUCAGCCUGGAGAUGUGGCCCUUACAGAGACAGUCCUCAUUCAGACCACUCCGAUUCGCAUGAGUGCCCACAUGGUAGUGAUAGAGGGCAUGAUGAACCUCUUUAUGAAAGAAGUGGUGAGUGCUUCUCGAGUGGCUAGUGUCCUCUCCAGGUUUGGUGUGGCUGAUUCCUUGCCUGUGCCAAGCUCUCAAGAAGGUGCUCUCCUUGCAUGGAUCAAAGCUUCUGCAUCUCGCCUCCAGUCAGGCCUUGAAGAAUUACUCAGUUCAAAGGACCCUGAUCAUGAUGGUGAUGACAGCCAGGAAUGGAAGGAGUUUUGGGCCAAAUUCCAUCCUCGCUCACUGUCCAAGGAUAAGGUGAUGGUUCUUCUGGAAGAGGAGUUCUUACAGGGGCCACCACCCAAGUUCCCUGAAAUCAAGGCAUUGGAGGAUCUUUCAGAUGGAAUCUGUUUGGGAGCCAUAUUCAGCCUGUAUUGCCCUAAUGAUUUUGAAUGGUGGUCUAUAGCUAACAGUCAACCCAUGAGUAUGGCUGACUCCCUUUACAAUCUUCAGGCCGUCAAGCGCUUUUGUUCUUCUGUUCUUCCAUAUGACCCAUUCUGCUUGCAAUUGGAAGACUUCCUAUAUAUGCACAGUUCAGUGGAGCAAAAUGUCACAGUCUUUCUGGCAGAGCUGUUCUUUCUCAUGGAAGUCAAUCCUUGUUCAGCUGUCUGCAUGCCUGGCACCAAGAACGAGCAGAUCUACAUCAGAGGUGAAAAAGGUGGAAGCAAGAGAGGGAUCCAGGUAAUCUCUGUGUCUCCAAUCCCAGACCUGCGGUCUUCUCUGGACAGAAGUAGCUGGAGAAAGGAACGAGAGAAAGACAGGGAUAGACGGAAAUCUGGUCCUGCUUCUGAAGAUGAAGAUGAUGAUGAUGAUGAUGAUGAGGAUGAGGAGGGGUUCAAAUGGCAAGACUGUUACCCUGAAUGGUGGUCCCCUUGUCCACAUUCUUCAUCAGAGAGAUGUCUCUACUGCCACCGAACUGACUCUUUCCCUCAGGCAAUUGAGUUUGCCUUGCAGGCCCGAGCUGGUGUUGGGGGAGUAGCAGGGGGUAACUGCACUGGAAAAGGAAGUUCCACAAAAAUGCAGUCCUUCCAUUAUGGUGACACCAAUGUGGGAAAGAAACCAGUCCAUAGCCUCUCUACUGCAUCUGGUGAUGAAGAUAACAGUUCUCAAGAAGAAUUUGUGGUCUACAAGGGGAGAGGUGUCCCAACAUUGGCAAAUGUCCAUCAGAACCCCCGAGGAAUGCCUGAACCAAGUAGGGAAAGUGACCGUCGUUCUAGUACUGGUGGAGACUUGCGUGCUGCUGCUGGGAAGCCAACAUAUUUUGAUGGUGCUAUGCACACCAUUCCAACCCAACCAUUGACAGGGAGAAGAUCCCGGAGGAACUCCUUUUCAGAGGAAUCUCAAUUAACAGUAGAGAAUUUUGGUGGGUCCAGUGAAAACUUGCAGAUGAUUGGGAGGAACCCUGACAAAGAAAUGGUUGUGAGUGGACGCCGCACGGUAGAGCGCCCAGCAAUUCAUCGACGCAAGAGUGAAUUGGAAUCUAGCAUUGACCUUGGUUCAGAUGUGCCAGAAUAUACUAGAAAGUCAGAGGAUUAUGUGGUGAAACGGGAAGACUUGAUCCAGUCAAUGCCAGCUGGUAUAAGUGACCGGACUUCUCGUUCACGUGAUACCAGCCCAUUUUCCCGGAGAAGCUUGGUGCCUUCAGAUGAGCUGUCUUCUUCCCCCUACACAGCACCACAGGGCCCUUCAAGCCCACAUUCCACAUCCAGUGAUUCCAGCGGUGGUGUGAGAGCCACCAGCUUUGCUGAACUGGUCCAAAGUCCCUCCCAUCAAGGAGUCAUCAGCAUCAAUUAUCAGGACAGCAACAUCAAGGGUAUUCGUCGUCAUAAUAGUCAAAAACGUACUCCUGUGGCUUUGCCAGAGCCUGCUCGAGGCGAUGUCAUGGAAGGUGAGUCUGUGGGAUCCAGCCAAGGCUCUGCACAUCUGAUGGCAUCUCAGAUAUCUGAUCUUCGAAUGAAAUUGGAAGAAAAGAGACGGAGAAUUGAAGCAGAGAAGUGUAAGAUGGAGAUGGCUCUAGCACAGCAGAAACAGCGACUGGGGAAGCAGGCCUUCCUUCAAGCUGUUAGCAAAGAUCUUGGAAAUGAGCUGUCCCAAGUGGAGAACAAAUGGAUGGGUGGUGGACAAAAGACACCUGACUUGGAUAGUACUGAUUAUGAUCAGUAUCAUCAGUCACUCAUGCAACCUGUUUAUGAUUGCAGCAUGAAUCAGAGCCUGAAUGAUUUGCAUGCUGACAUCCAGAGAUUGUCAGUUCAGCAGCAGCAACUGACACGCAUGAUGCAGCAGCAACAGCCACUCCAUCCUUCAGCUGUUCAAGCCCCUCAGCAACAAUUUUACCUUCAUGAUAUGGGUCCUGCAGCUGCAACUGCUCCACGAAGAAGUCAAUGGGGUCCGGUUUCUGUGGACCCAUUCUGUGGUUAUAGCCCUCCCCGGAGACAGUGGGGCCAACCACAGCCAUUCCGACCAAUUGCAGUGGUGAAUCAGUCAGCACCUCCAAGUUUGGCCCAGCAAGGGAUGUCAGGAAAUUACAUGAUCCAGCCAGGGCCAUACAUAGAAAGUGAGCCUGCCUUCCACAUGAAUGGAAUAGGCCCUGUUAAUCAGGGAGGAGAGUAUUAUCCUCGCCAUUCUCAACCGUCCCGUACCUCCUUAUCUCCACCAUACCAUGCACCUUUCAGACUUCACCAGGACCAUCCUUCACCAGCUGGGUACAUGCAACCAUUCCAACCAGCAGUCACAUCACAGUACCAUCACCCUCAACAACCUAUGAGCGCAGUUGCCUCUCGCAGUUCAGCUCCAAUCCAGCGUUCAGUUUCAGCCUCAGCUGUUCCAUCCUCAUCUGCUUCAACACGCCGGGAGGCAGAUUCUCUUACAGAGCGUCAUCAUGUCCCUCUACCUGCACCCCCACUAGAUGACAUGGCUCCCCAAAAUGUGUCCUUCAUUGAAUCUCAUAAUGAGAGGGAGAAUGCCCAGCAAGGGCGGGGACAAGAACAUGAACGGGGACGAGAACAUGAACAAGAGGAGAGGGAACGGAAGGAAAGGGAGCGGGAACAGAAGCUUCAGAGUCUUCAAAUUUCUUCAGGGAGCAAAACAUACAGGAUCCUGAAUACUGAGCCCUCUUCUCCACCUCGACCCAUGAUAACUCGAACAUUCCAAUUUACAAAGGCAGCUACACCUUCAUCAGAGUCUCAGUCUCAAGUGACAACAGCCAUGAAAGAAGGUGGUGGUGGUGGUGAGGCUGAGAAGAAUCCUGACCCUGUUGUCAACAGUGAACCUCUGAAAGAUGGGGUGACUUCAGAUAUGGGGUUUUUCAUCAGCUUUGAGGAUGCACCAAAAAAGCCUAAACCUCCUCAGCUGAGAAAGCGCUCUAGUUUUACUUCCUCUUUGGAAAAGUCUUCCUCUGAGACUCCUAGGCAAAAAGAAGCUUCUCAAACCCUUAAUCAUGCAGUGCUCACUUCUAACAGAGGAUUUCAUGACAAGCCAUCACCUUCUCAUCCAUCUCACCGUGAGGCCUCACCUGCAUAUUCAUCAUCUGCUUCAUCUGAAGUGGAUUCCAAUGCUCCUGUCGAAGAAAUGCUAGCUCUUGCUAGGAAGUAUGAGAACCUAAACCUUGGCCCAGAUCUGGAAAAGCCUAUGGGAAGGACAGAAGAAAUAGAAGACAUUGAAGAUAAAUCUCCCUUCCGUAGCCAUCAUUCAUCUUCUGUUUUGGAAAAACGCAAGUCUGGUGUAGGGCUUAUCAUUGGUGAUGAGAUGGUUCAACCUGACCCUAUAACUGUGGAUGAUAUGGAGAGGAAAAAGGAGCGCUUCCUCAUGCAAUCCCUCAAACGCAAAGCUGAGCAGGAAGAGACACGGCGGCAGCGUGAACUGGAGGUGCAGCUCAAACGCGAAGAAGAAAAACAGAAAGAGGAAGAAAAGCAGAGGAAAAGGGAAGAAGAAAAGGCUAAGCGAGAAGCUAUUCUUGCUCAGUAUCGCCUGAAAAAGGCCAUGGAGAAAGCAGAAGAAGAGGGUCGAGCUGUUGAUAUGCCUGAUGGGGUGAUCCUAAGGCAUCACUCCAAUGCAGCUGGUUCCAUGGCACGAGGCAGCCGGAGUGGAAGAGGACGGCAGCGCCCAAAAUCCUUACAUGAAGCUGCUCUUUCUAGGGGAGAAUCUCGUCUCUCUACUGCUCGUGGACAGCAUGGCUCAUCUCAAGAUAUUUCUUCCACUGAAUCGGGGCCAAUCCGAAGGAGUGAAAGCCUCCGGCGCACUUUCCGUGUCAGUCGCCCUGGGGAUUCUUCCUCUUCUCCUCCUUCUUCUUCUCCACAGCGUUCACAAUCGCUGUUCUCUCACUCUUCACGCACAGUCCCACCUGACACUGUGUCUCUCCGGUAUGGGGGCCACAGAGGCUCCAAGGGCCCCACCAAAGCUGGCUCAGACAUCAAUCUGCAUGGUGAGUUCCCCCUCCCUCCCACUCCAGGCCAGUCCCAAUCUCUCAUAUGGCUCCCUUCACUGCUUCAUGCUUGCUUGCAUGUGUCCCUGGAAUACUCUCCAGCAAGAUACAAGGCUGGACUUUCAACAGGAGGUGGAGAUUAUGAGGAUGGAGGAUAUCGCAGGAGAGGUCUCAUGUCACCAUCUGGGGCUGGUCCCCCCUCCCUUCCUUCUCUGGCUGGUGUUGGUCGGAGACGAUUCCCAUUUGAUGACAAUGCCAGUGAAGUCUCUUCCAUUGCCAGUCUUGAAUACAAUGGUCCUCGCUUGUUCAAGCAACCAGCUGCCAAGUCAAAUCGAUCGAUUAUACUGAAUGCAGUCAACUACUGCGUCUUUCCUGGUGCUGUCAAUGCUGAACAGAAGAAGAGAGUCCUUCAAGAGAUGGGAAAGUCUGAUGCUAAGCAUUUCCUCAUUCUCUUCCGAGAUGCCGGUUGCCAGUUUCGUGGUCUCUAUUCCUACAAUCCAGAGACAGAGGAAGUGUACAAACUGCAUGGGAAGGGCCCCUCACAAGUCACAGACAGCAUGUUUGAUAAGUUCUUCAAAUACAACUCUGGAGGGAAAGUGUUCUCGCGGAUCCACACCAAACAUCUGACUGUCACUAUAGAUGCUUUCACAAUCCACGACUCACUCUGGACAGGGAAACGAGUUCAUCUUCCUUCAAAGAAGGACUUCUCUCUGGUCAUCUAGGAACCCCUCACCCCCCUCAUUUGUUUGUACUCUUCUCAUGAGAAGACCAUAUAAAAAAAGAAAUCUCUUCUGAGCUUAAUAUAAUGAAUCCUCUCUCUCUCGACCGAAGCAUUCCUCAUCAACAGUGCAUGGUUCUUAACUACAUGCUUUGUUUUUCCUCUUUCUUCCAACAUUGUGAUAUUUGUGUGUGUGUUUUUAAUGAGGGGUUGGAGCCAGGUGGUGAUGCCUGUACGCUUUUAUCAGGAGCUGGCUUCACACUAUUUCAAAAACAGAGUGCUGUUCUUGAAAAAAAAAUGAAAAAAAAGAAAAAAAAAGAAGGGAACUAACUUGCUAAUGUGCCAAGUCUGCAACUAGACCCAGUUAAUUUUGGAAGCAUGAGCUCCUUCUCCCAAACUCUUCUAUGAAAUCUGUGAUUAUCCAAUUGUGUAUGGUGUAUCUGCUCCUUGAUAAUUUUGUGAUCGAAUUUCUCCAUUUCCCAACUGUUUUUCUCCAACCCUCUCCAUAUCUCCAUGCCAUCUUGAAUAACAUCUUGACAGAUUUUCAGUCUGGAGUAUUUGAGAUGUUAUCUACUAAACAAUGUCCUUUUUUUUUUUUUUACAGCAAC